GAUAUAAAAAAAAAAUUAAACUGUGUGCGGGACAGAAGAAAUAAAUACCAUAUAUAUAUAUAUAUAUGCGUGUGUAAGCGGACAAAUGCCAGAAAAAAAAAGGUAGGAAGCUGCUAAGGCUAGUAUUAAGAAAAUGAUGAGCAAGAGAUUCCAGGGAAAGGUUGUCAUUGUGACUGCCUCCACUCAGGGGAUAGGCUACAGCAUCGCUCAGCGUCUUGGCUUGGAAGGUGCCUCUGUUGUCAUCUCCUCCCGCAAGCAGGAAAAUGUUGAUGAAGCAACCGAAAAGCUUAAAGGUCAAGGAAUCCAAGUGUUGGGGCUUGUUUGUCAUGUCUCUAACGCCCAACAAAGGAAGGAUCUCAUAUACAACUCACUUGAGAAAUUUGGAAAGAUAGAUGUGAUUGUUUCAAAUGCUGCCGUCAAUCCAAUGGCUGGCAAAAAUACAGUCACAAUUAUGGAAACCCAAGAAUCCAUCCUUGACAAGAUGUGGGAAGUUAAUGUCAAAGCUCCUGUUCUUCUUACGAAGGAGGCUGCUCCUCACUUGAAGAAGGGUUCUUCAAUCAUUUUUAUUUCCUCCAUAUCUGCCUACAACCAACCGUUGCCAUGGGCUAUGUAUGCAGUCACAAAGACCGCAUUACUUGGGCUUACAAAGGUUCUUGCUGCUGAAUUAGGCCCAGAUUUGCGAGUAAAUUGUGUUGCUCCCGGGAUUGUGCCGACUCACUUCGGCAAGAUCCUUACAACAAAUGAGAGUUUGAAGAAAGUCAUUCUGAGUAGUAGUCUACUGAAGAGGUUUGGUACCACUGAAGAUAUUGCUGCUGCUGUUGCGUUUUUGGCUUCUGAUGAUGCUUCUUACAUUACUGGUGAAACUCUUGUGGUGGCUGGAGGCACACCAUCCAGGCUCUAGUAACAAUAUUGAUACCAAUACUAAGGUUGAAUAAAAUAAUCUUUAAUCAGUCUACUUGAGACCACUACUCGAGUUGGAAAAGUUAUAUUUACUUAUGUAUGAAAUCUACUUAGUUUACUUCUCUACGUAGUGUAAUCUUUUUAUUAAAUACAAUACUAAAUAAAUAGAUAAUGCCUUACUUCUA